ACGAUGAGGUAUUUCACGAACCGUCUGCCCGAUUACACCGCUGGGUCGCCGGUGGACAUCCCGCACGCCCAGCUCCGGGGGCGGGUCGCGUCCAUCGUGGAUGCCGUCGUGAAGCACGUGCAGCCCCGCCACCUGCAAAACUGCCAAGGGGGCCUUUAUGUCGGCGCGGCGGGCAUCGCCUACGCCCUAUGGUACAUCACUCAAACCGACCAGUUCCCCAAGGAGGCGCUGCGGUACCAGGGCCUGUGCAAGCAGUACCUCGUGGGGUCGGUAGAGUACGAGAAGAGCAACAAGAUUAAGAGGGAGGCAGGGGCGUCGUUUCUUUGUGGGGCGUGCGGAGUUGAUGCCGUCGGGGCAUUGUACUACCACACUUCGUCUUCACAGUCCGAGGGAAGUAGCAGUCAUGCAGCUGCACAGUUCCUUGAAAGUUAUGCCAGUUUUGCCAAGAUUUGCACCCCAAUGAACUUCCUUGGACCCUGUGGGUCUGACGAGCUGCUGGUUGGCAGAGCAGGCUACUUGUGUGGGGUUCAGCUGCUGGCCCAGAAACUUGGCAAACAGGUUCUGAGCCAAGAGACCACCAAUUCCCUGUGUGAGGUGGUCGUGGAAUCUGGCCGCAGCUACUCCAAGCGUCACCAAUCUCCUUCUCCGUUGAUGUAUGCCUAUUAUGAUACUGAAUAUCUAGGGGCUGCACAUGGUCUGUCAGGGAUACUGCAGGUUCUGCUUGGCUUUCCCAACUUUGUGAAGUCAGAUUUCUCCGCCUCAAAGGACAUUCGCGAUUCCGUUGACUUCUUGGUGAAGUGCCAGGCCAGUCACGGGGGGAACAUUCCAUCCGCCCUACACAAAUGCGGGGCCAGGACCAGACCGGCCAAGCACGAGUUGGUACACUGGUGUCACGGGGCACCGGGGGUGAUCUACCUGUUCGCCAAGGCUUACCUGACCUGGAAGGACGACGCCUACCUCCAGGCCUGCCUCAAGUGCGGCGAGGUGACCUGGGAGAAGGGCCUGCUGAAGAAGGGCCCCGGAAUCUGUCACGGCGUGGCUGGCAGCGGCUAUGUCUUCCUCCUCCUCUACCGCCUCACUGGUGACAAGAAGCACCUGCACCGAGCCCUACAGUUUGCCGCCUUCCUCGAGGAGGAGCAGUUCCGGCGAGAAGCACGGGUGCCGGACAGUCCUUACAGCCUGUACGAGGGCCUGGCUGGUACGGCCUGCUUCCUAGCCGACCUGCUGCAACCAGAGAAGGCCGAGUUUCCAUUCUUCAACGUCUUCUAAAUGUGCUUGUAACCACUGUGCUGGAAUUCAGUUAAUUAGAUUUAUUACUUGACUUUCGACCUAACAGACUUGCUUAACUAACCUAACAAUCGGAUAACUCAUAAGCGUGUCUAAAAGUUGUAACCAGCGCGUCCGCACGAACGGCAGCUAAUGAAGUAUCAUCACCAAGCUAACCGAAAAAAAGAUUUGCGAAGAAGUUUGCUUUUUAUUGCCAGGUGCCUGAGUGUGAAUGAAAAAUUAAAAUUAAACCCAUUUCUUGGUUCAUUCUUUGCCUGCGUCGAUCAAGUUUGUUUUCACAAGUGACAGCAUGUGGCAUCUUUAAGAGUUAGACAACCAAACUGUAAGGUACUUGUUCGCAUUCACUAUAAAUGUGAAGAUUUGUCACAGUGGAUUUUUAAGAGAAACUCAUAGAGUUGUAUUUUUUUUGUAGAUAGCUUAAAGCAAUGAAAGCCAGUAUUAAUUCUACCUGUAUCUCUGCUUGGUCUGUUCCCACCUUAAGAGGGCGCUGUUUGGUAAAUAAUGAGGGGCACUGCUCUGCCUGUAAUGCUCUAUGGUUUAUCUUGCAUUGUUUUGGAAGUAAAAAUCUGCACGGAAAUAUAUGCCAACCAGGGAAAUUCGAGUUAAGUCUCAUGAUACGAACAAAACAAAAUAUGCUAGUUCCUACCUGUGUGUAGACUUUGCUAAAAGUGUUUCAGGAGCCAAUCCACAGUCCCCUUUGUUAUCACGCCCUAUUAUCCUUGUUAACAAUAUUUGAAAAUCAUGUCAACUGAGUGAGAGACAUUAAU